AUGGUAGAGAAGAAGGGCCCUAAACAAGCGACGCUGCUUGGCUUCUUCUCGCCGUCGAAGGCUGACCAGGAAUCAGACGAGAACACAGCAGACUCAGAGCCAAAGAGCGUCGCAGCCAAGCGACCAAGAUCCAGCUCAAAAUCUGCUGAAAAGGAGGCGAGUGCUGUUAAUACUGGUACCAAUGCGGAGUGUGUGACGCAAAAGAAGGCCACACCAGUCAAACCGAAGGCGAGAGCGAAGCCUAAAGCCAAAGCUAAGGGGAAAACGAAGGCGUCGCCUAAAGCCAAAGCCAAACCGAGAAAAAGGAGGCAACCGGCACGAUUCGUGUCACCUCAUGCUGCCGUGAAUAGUGGAGACGACGACGAAGACUUGGACGAUGACGAGGAUGUGUUCAACACGCCCGAAGCGAAGCGAGCGAGAGCGGAACUUGAAGCAGGCGGGGAGACUGUGCCCGCUGGAGCUUCCAUCUCGGACGACGCGAUAGUGGACGAGUCGGAUGUUGUGGAUAUCAGUGGAGAGGAGGCAGCUACCGCAGCUGAGACUGUAGCGGAUGCAGGUGCAGAGGACGUUGCAUCUAAAGACGACGAUUGUUCUGGAGACGUGGUGGAUCUGAUUGCUGUGGAUGAUGCAGCUAAACCCUCAACAGCACAGGAUCAGGGCACAAAGACAAGAGGCAAGAGAGGCAAUAAAGCAGCAACCAAGACGCCGACUAAGCGACAACAAAAGAUGAAGGAGAAAGCUGUGGCUGAAGCCAAACCUGCCCCUGUGGAGCCUUUGGACCCGGCAAUUCAGACUCGUGUGGACACAUACAAGCUCAAGACUGAUGAGUUGACUCGGCAGUAUACAGAACUGCUGCAAUCCACGCAAGAGAGCGACGCGAUCAUGCAAGAAAUCUACGGCGCUGGACUGGAUCGCGACUUGGACGUCACUUUAGACCAGAACAAAGCACAACAAGCUGUGGCGGAGACGUGGCAGAAGCUCAGAGACAGCGCACAGUGCUCCAGUCCUGCAGACGCUGCAGUGCUGCCGUCUACCAUUGAAUUUCCUCACGAAGUCAAGAGUUUAAUCGUCAAGAACAUCCAGGGGAAAGCUUCAAGUCUAUCAGCCGUCACCAGUCAGCUUCUUGCCUUAUUCAAGAGAGGUCUCGAGGCGGAGGACGUGGAUAUGGAGGCGACAGAGAGCUCACGCUCCUGCGACACACAUCAACUAGACACGGCGGCCACUCUGGCGAUGGAGAUGGAGAUCAAAAUGCUCGCUCAACGCACGCCACACGGUGUGAAACCUGUGAAAGCUAAUGUGUUCGAGGACACAAGUGUCGACGCGUUGUGGACGUGGGAAGUAGGCAACGUGGACAAAUAUUUCCCAGAGGAGGCCCAGAAGACGAUCAAGCGGAUGCGCAAGAACCGCAAGCGUCUGGGGCACCAACUGCGAGCUCUGGCGCGUGUUAUCCAGCUGUUGCACCAGAAACCAGUGGACGAGGCCAAGGUGAGUGCUGAGGAGGCCAAGAUCGGGAAGUUUGGCUUUGUGGUGGACGCCGAGCGGCAGAAAGCGAAGCAGCGCGAGACGAAAGAGCAGGAGAAGCGGAACGCUGCGGAGGAGAAGAAACGACACGAAAUGGAGCGUCAACAGGCCAGGGAGGCGAAGGAUGAAGAAAAGCGCAAGCGUGAACGUCAAGAGGAGGAGAAAGAGAAGGCUGCGUCGUCCAAGCGACACAAGAGGUUCAUUGCGUUCUUUGGGGCCACGUCCUCGAAUAACGCUGCGCGUGCCGAAGCUGCGAUCGAUAUGACAGGCGAGCAGGACACUGAGGAAGCGAGCGACGCGGACGAAAGCGAGAGAGCCAAGAUCACUCGCAUGGACGUCGCUUUCGGCUUCUUGGGGCUAAGUAUUGACGAGGCUACUUCCUCCCCCCCACUGCCGAUCUUUUCGUCGCUAAAGGGCAAGCGCGAUGCGAGCAAGAAGCAAACAGUCGAGCUGCCUCCGAAUGGCUGGAGUGCUCGUCGGCAUCGAGAUUCGAAGCUGGGGGUAAUGAAGCUGCUGCAGUUCUACGAGAACAGCCGACCGGCGUACUACGGUACCUUCAGCUCGAGAAGUCCACUAUUCCAUGGCGGCAGACGGCCACUCGCACAUUUGGCCAAGCUCGACUACUCCGUGGACAGUGACGAUGAGUGGGAAGAAGAGGAGCCUGGCGAAAGCCUCUCGGACGAUGAGAAUGAUGGAGAGGAGUCGGAUGAGGAUAAUUUGGACUAUGGAGACCAAUGGCUGGCGUACGAGGAUGAGGUGGACUACAUGGACGGGAUGGAUGCUGGAGAUGACACGACAGAGCAUGGGGAAGGACCGUCGUCGCCAACUAAGCACAAGCUGCCGUCACAGCUGCAGAAGAAGCGGGUGAAGGCCAAAGCCGUCAAGCCUGCGAAGCUGGAGCCUCAGAUCCUUGGCCCGUUGUGGUGGGCUGAUGAAGACAGUAAGGAUCACGUUCAUGGGCUUGCUGGCGAGCUGUUGUGCGAGCCGAUGUUCGAAUCUACGUUGAUGCGUAAAGCUCGGGAGUAUGAAGAAGAACAGAGGCGAUUGGAGGCUGCACAACAAGAGCAGCAACGGAAGAAGGAACUGCAGCAGGAACAGGAGAAGCUGAAGACUCAGAAGGACAAGGCCGACGAGGCCAAGCAGAAGGCAGACGCUGCAGUCGCUAAGCCUGCGGAGAAAACUGCGCCUGCGAAGACUGUGACGGCUCCAAAGACAACACCGUCAAAGGCCACACCUCAGAAACCCAAGACGCAGAAAUCCCCAGCGAAGACUCCGGCCACCUCUUCGAGCAAGACCAAGACCGCGUCAGCUACUUCACCCUCACCGGCUAAGCCAUCGGUUGCUCAGAUAGAUACUUUUUUCCAGAAGAAGGUGGGCCCAGUGCCGGUGCCUCCCCCCAAUCCACAGCAGUCGACGCCGCAGCCGUCAGACAACCAACACAAGACGAAGGACGGCAGUGUGGAAAUCAUUUCGGUUGAUUAA